UUAUGACCUAUUUGGCCGGUCCCGUCGCACUCGCUCACUCUCUCUGUGUUUUCUCCAAAAUUCACAGUUUCUCAUUCAUGUCUUCUCUAUUUCUCAGCUAUCAAAACCCUAAUUUAUUUUCCAUUUCCAUGAAUUUGUAGACAACUUCCAAAAACCCUUUCCUUUUUUUUUUUUUUUUUUGAAAAAUUUUAUGAAUUUAUACUGAUGAUUUUUUUUUCCUUGCGCCAAUUUCAACUCAUCGAACCCUGAUUAGGUAUUUGGGUUUUACCCAAUUCUUUAAGGGAAUUAGUUCAUGGUAAAGCUCGAUUCUUUGAAACGGAUUCGACACUUGCCAUGGACUCGAAUCCUGUGAUUUUCGAUAUCAGCUCCGAUGAAGAGCCGAUGUUUGAUGAGCGUAGCGGUUGUGAUGAUGAUGAUCAUAAUUGGUUGACUCAACUCAUCGAGACCUUCGAUAAAGGAGCAACCCAUUCCGAUGAUGUUGUGGUAGUCGGCGAGUAUAACCCGCCUAAGCCCAAGUCUAAGUCUAACUCGUCUUUGAAACCGGUUAAAGAUUUUGAGGAUGAUGAUUGUGUGGUUUUGGAUGACAACCCAGAUAAGCGAGUCGAUGUUGUUGAUGAGCCGGACAGCGAUGGCGAUGAAGUGCUUGUCGUCGGACAAAAGGGACAGAUUGCUUGUAGAGACUAUCCUCAUCCAAGGCAUCUUUGUGUUAAAUUUCCCUUCGGUUCAACCCCACAUCAAAGACACUGCGACUUGUGCCACUGUUACGUCUGUGACUCACUUGCGCCAUGUGUACACUGGGGUACAGGUGUCUCCAGUAUCGACCACUGUCAUGCCACUGAUAAAGUGGAGAUAUGGAAAAGUCAGAGGGAAAAUUUCAGGCUGGGGAAAAAUGCUGCCCUGCCAGUCUCUGCAUGUCCUAAUGCUUGUCUUCCUGUAGCAGUACCCCAGGCUCACCAUGUUGCGACCCUUGAUGUACAGUUGCCGCCUAACUUAGUAACACAAGAUCAGGUCUCCAGGCCAACUACUAUUCGUCCUUGCCCUUCUGCCCGGAUGACUAUUCCGAGUAUAACAGGUCAGUAUAGAACCAGACAAACAGGAUGUGCUCAGAGCAGAAAUGGAGUCUUGCCUCGCCCUGUUUCACGGCAGCUAAGCAAUAUAAGUAAUAAUGCCGUUUUACGGAAUAGAGGCACACAAUUUGUCUCCAAUAAUACAACGUUUAAAAGGCCGGGAAUAAUCAGACUCAGGAAUGCUUCUGCAAUGAACCAAUCUGUGUAUCUGAACAACAUCAAUCGUCCUCCUGCAUCAAACUAUGUUAGGAAUACCGUUCCAUUGGCUACGGUAAAUGCUAAAAGUCAUUCUGCUGGGUGGCAGGAUGUUGUUCCCAACAUGAUUCCAGACUCUUAUGCUUAUACAAGUCCUUCUCAGCCCGAUAUGGGCUGUAUAAACAUAGACACAGUGUCUUCUCAACCUGAGGUGUUAAAUGAACUUAUUCCUCAGUCAAAUGAUGCUCGAAACAUCUAUCAGCUCGGAAAUCAAAGUCAAAACAUUAUGGAUUCAAGUUUCCCUGAAUUUGACUUCUGGAUUAACAACUUGAAUCAAAGCAAUCAGCAGACUCCGGCUGAAAGUGUUCCUCUUCCUGGCACAGGGUCCAACCGCAAGCCCACAAUUAUGAAGCAGUUAAGUUCCCAGUUGGGUGAAAGCACUGAAGUCCAGCACAAGGACAAUGAGUAUGACAGCUGGUUGUUCAGUGAAUAUGAAGCUUGUGUGCCUCCUGAUACAAAUGCCUUUUCUGCUGAACCUUCUAUGCUGGAUGUAGGUAUGCUCUAUUUUGAUUUCGAACCUUCUAUGCAGGUGUAGUUUGAGUUACUAAAUGUGCUUUAUUGAAAAGGAUUAAAACUGGUUCAUUCUGCAGUGGUACAAUCAUUUUAGACUAUGAAGUGUACAAAUUGUCUAUGUGAUAAAUGAUUCUGUACAGUGCCUGGCUGUUAUGUAGUCCUAUAUAUUCAAUGAAUCCUAUUCAUGAUCAUGUUUGGUGGUCACUAUACUUUCUUGAAAUGUUCCUGUGCUUCCCAUCUCGGAAGCUGCUUCAAACUUGUGGUAAUUGGAACUUUGGAAUGAAUUUACUGGAGGCUUGUCUUUGUUCAA